GGCCGUGUCUUUGGAGCCGGAGCCGACCGCUCACUUUGCAGGCUUAGUAGCUGCCGCCGCCCGCGCCUCCAAAGUCUCACCGCUUCUUCAGCAGAGACCGGGCUCGGCCGCCAUGUCCGCUGCGGAAGAAGUUGAUGGGCUGGGCGUGUCCCGACCGCACUAUGGCUCCGUCCUGGAUAAUGAGAGACUUACUGCAGAAGAGAUGGAUGAAAGGAGACGUCAGAAUGUGGCUUAUGAGUACCUUUGUCAUUUGGAAGAAGCAAAGAGGUGGAUGGAAGCAUGCUUAGGGGAAGACCUGCCUCCCACCACAGAACUGGAGGAGGGGCUUAGGAAUGGGGUCUACCUUGCCAAACUAGGAAACUUCUUCUCUCCCAAAGUGGUAUCCCUGAAAAAAAUUUAUGAUCGAGAACAGACUAGAUACAAGGCAACUGGCCUCCACUUUAGACACACUGAUAAUGUGAUUCAGUGGCUGAAUGCCAUGGGUGAAAUUGGAUUGCCUAAGAUUUUUUAUCCAGAAACUACAGAUAUUUAUGAUCGGAAGAACAUGCCAAGAUGUAUCUACUGUAUCCAUGCACUCAGUUUGUACCUGUUCAAACUAGGCCUGGCUCCUCAGAUCCAAGACCUGUACGGAAAGGUUGACUUCACAGAAGAAGAAAUUAACAACAUGAAGAUUGAACUGGAGAAGUAUGGGAUCCAGAUGCCUGCCUUCAGCAAGAUUGGGGGCAUCCUGGCUAAUGAACUUUCAGUGGACGAAGCUGCAUUACAUGCAGCUGUGAUUGCUAUUAAUGAAGCUAUUGACCAUAGAAUUCCAGCCGACACCUUUGCAGCUUUGAAGAACCCCAAUGCCAUGCUUGUAAAUCUUGAAGAACCCUUGUCUUCCACUUACCAGGAUAUACUUUACCAGGCCAAGCAGGACAAGAUGACAAAUGCUAAAAACAGGACGGAGAACUCUGAGAGAGAAAGGGACGUUUAUGAGGAGCUGCUCACUCAAGCUGAAAUUCAAGGCAAUGUAAACAAAGUCAAUGCAUAUUCUGCAUUAGCAAAUAUCGACCUGGCUAUAGAGCAAGGAUCUGCGCUGGAGUUGAUGAAGGCUCUGCAGUCCCCAGCUCUGGGGCUCCGAGGACUACAGCAGCAGAACAGUGACUGGUACUUAAAGCAGCUCCUGAGUGACCGGCAGCAGAAGAGACAGAGUGGUCAGGUUGGUCCCUUACAGAAGGAGGAGCUACAGUCUGGUGUGGAUGCUGCAAACAGUGCUGCUCAACAGUAUCAGCGAAGAUUGGCAGCAGUGGCCGCCAUUAAUGCUGCAAUCCAAAAGGGUGUCGCGGAGAAGACCGUUAUGGAGCUAAUGAAUCCUGAAGCCCAGCUGCCCCAGGUGUAUCCAUUUGCGGCGGAUCUUUAUCAGAAGGAACUGGCUACCCUACAGCAACAGAGUCCUGAACAUAACCUCACCCAUCCGGAGCUCUCGGUGGCCGUGGAGAUGUUGUCAUCAGUGGCUCUAAUCAACAGGGCAUUGGAAUCAGGAGACAUGAAUACAGUGUGGAAACAGCUGAGCAGUUCAGUGACAGGCCUUACCAAUAUUGAAGAAGAAAACUGUCAGAGGUAUCUUGAUGAUUUGAUGAAACUGAAAGCUCAGGCACAUGCAGAGAACAACGGAUUUAUUACAUGGAAUGACAUCCAAGCUUGUGUGGACCACGUGAAUCUGGUGGUGCAAGAGGAACAUGAGAGAAUUUUAGCUAUUGGUUUAAUUAAUGAAGCCCUGGAUGAAGGUGAUGCCCAGAAGACCCUGCAAGCCUUGCAGAUUCCUGCAGCUAAACUUGAGGGAGUCUGUGCAGAAGUGGCCCAGCAUUACCAAGACACACUGAUCAGAGCAAAGAGAGAGAAAGCCCAGGAAACCCAGGAUGAGUCAGCUGUGCUCUGGUUGGAUGAAAUUCAGGGUGGAGUCUGGCAAUCCAACAAAGACACCCAGGAAGCACAGAAGUUUGCCUUAGGAGUCUUCGCAAUUAAUGAGGCAGUGGACAAUGGUGAUGUUACCAAAACACUGAGUGCCCUUCGUUCCCCUGAUGUUGGACUGUAUGGAGUCAUCCCUGAAUGUGGUGAGACUUACCAGAGUGACCUUGCUGAAGCAAAGAAGAAAAAACUGGCUGCAGGAGAUAAUAACAGCAAGUGGGUGAAGCACUGGGUGAAAGGUGGCUAUCACUAUUACCACAACCUGGACACCCAGGAAGGAGGAUGGGAUGAACCCCCAGACUUUGUGCAAAAUUCUAUGCAUCUUUCUCGAGAGGAGAUCCAGAGUUCCAUCUCUGGAGUGACUGCUGCGUAUAAUCGAGAACAGCUUUGGCUGGCCAACGAAGGCUUGAUCACCAAGCUGCAGGCGUGCUGCCGUGGAUACUUAGUUCGACAGGAAUUCCGGUCCAGAUUGAAUUUCCUGAAGAAACAAAUCCCCGCCAUCACCUGCAUUCAGUCGCAGUGGAGGGGAUACAAGCAGAAGAAGGCAUAUCAAGAUCGUUUAACUUACCUGCGUUCCCAUAAGGAUGAAGUUAUUAAGAUUCAGUCCCUGGCCAGGAUGCAUCAAGCUAGAAAGCGUUACAGAGAUCGUCUGCAAUAUUUCCGAGACCAUAUAAGUGACAUUAUCAAAAUCCAGGCUUUUAUUCGGGCAAACAAAGCGCGUGAUGACUACAAGACUCUGAUCAAUGCUGAGGAUCCUCCUAUGAUUGUGGUCCGCAAAUUUGUCCAUCUGCUGGAUCAAAGUGAUCAGGAUUUUCAAGAGGAGCUGGACCUUAUGAAGAUGAGGGAAGAGGUUAUUACCCUCAUUCGCUCUAACCAGCAGCUGGAGAACGACCUCAACCUCAUGGAUAUCAAAAUUGGACUGCUAGUGAAGAACAAGAUUACACUGCAGGAUGUGGUUUCCCACAGUAAGAAACUUACCAAAAAAAAUAAGGAGCAGUUGUCUGAUAUGAUGAUGCUAAAUAAACAGAAGGGAGGUCUCAAGGCCUUGAGCAAGGAGAAGAGAGAAAAAUUGGAAGCGUAUCAGCACCUCUUUUAUUUAUUGCAGACCAAUCCCACCUAUCUGGCCAAGCUGAUUUUUCAGAUGCCCCAGAACAAGUCCACAAAGUUCAUGGACUCCGUAAUCUUCACCCUCUACAACUACGCAUCCAACCAGCGAGAGGAGUACCUGCUUCUACGACUCUUUAAGACGGCACUCCAGGAGGAGAUUAAGUCAAAAGUAGAUCAGAUUCAAGAAAUUGUGACAGGAAAUCCGACAGUUAUUAAGAUGGUUGUAAGUUUCAAUCGUGGUGCCCGAGGCCAGAAUGCCCUGAGACAGAUCUUGGCCCCAGUGGUGAAGGAGAUUAUGGAUGACAAAUCUCUCAACAUCAAAACUGACCCCGUGGAUAUUUACAAGUCUUGGGUUAACCAGAUGGAAUCUCAGACGGGCGAGGCAAGCAAACUGCCCUAUGAUGUAACUCCUGAGCAGGCUUUGGCUCAUGAUGAGGUCAGGACACGGCUAGACAACUCCAUCAGGAACAUGCGUGCCGUGACAGACAAGUUCCUCUCCUCCAUCAUCAGCUCUGUGGACAAAAUCCCUUAUGGGAUGCGCUUCAUUGCCAAAGUGCUGAAGGACUCACUGCAUGAGAAGUUCCCUGAUGCUGGUGAGGAUGAGCUGCUGAAGAUUAUUGGUAAUUUGCUUUACUAUCGCUACAUGAAUCCAGCCAUCGUUGCCCCUGACGCCUUUGACAUCAUUGAUUUGUCCGCUGGAGGUCAGCUUACUACAGACCAACGCCGGAAUCUGGGCUCCAUUGCCAAGAUGCUCCAGCAUGCCGCUUCCAACAAGAUGUUCCUGGGGGACAAUGCCCACUUAAGCAUCAUUAAUGAGUAUCUCUCCCAGUCCUACCAGAAAUUCCGACGAUUUUUUCAAGCUGCCUGUGAUGUCCCAGAACUCCAGGAUAAAUUCAAUGUGGACGAGUACUCUGACUUGGUAACCCUCACCAAACCAGUCAUCUACAUUUCCAUAGGUGAAAUCAUCAACACCCACACGCUCCUGCUAGAUCACCAGGACGCCAUCGCUCCGGAGCACAAUGAUCCGAUCCAUGAGCUGCUGGACGACCUUGGGGAGGUGCCCACCAUCGAGGCCUUGAUAGGAGAAAGCUCUGGCAAUGUAAAUGACCUGAAUAAGGAGACGUUGGCUAAGACAGAGGUCUCUCUCACACUGACCAACAAAUUUGAUGUACCUGGAGAUGAGAAUGCAGAAAUGGAUGCUCGGACUAUCUUGCUCAACACAAAACGUUUAAUUGUGGACGUCAUCCGAUUCCAGCCUGGAGAGACUUUAACUGAAAUCCUAGAAACACCAGCUACCAAUGAACAGGAAGCAGAACAUCAGAGGGCCAUGCAGAGACGUGCUAUUCGUGAUGCCAAAACUCCUGACAAGAUGAAAAAGUCAAAAUUUGUAAAAGAAGACAGCAACCUCACUCUUCAGGAGAAGAAGGAGAAAAUCCAGUCCGGGUUAAAGAAGCUAACGGAGCUUGGGACCGUGGACCCAAAAAACAAAUACCAAGAACUGAUCAACGACAUUGCCAGGGAUAUUCGGAAUCAGCGAAGAUACCGACAGAGGCGAAAGGCUGAGCUGGUCAAAUUGCAACAAACUUACUCUGCUCUGAACUCUAAAGCCACCUUCUAUGGGGAGCAAGUGGAUUACUAUAAAAGUUAUAUCAAAACCUGCUUGGAUAACCUAGCCAGCAAGGGCAUGGUCUCAAAAAAGCCUAGAGAAAUGAAAGGAAAGAAAAGCAAAAAGAUUUCCCUGAAAUAUACAGCAGCAAGACUACAUGAGAAAGGAGUUCUUCUGGAAAUUGAGGACUUGCAGGCGAAUCAGUUUAAAAAUGUUAUCUUUGAAAUCAACCCAACAGAGGAAGUUGGCGACUUUGAAGUAAAAGCCAAAUUCAUGGGCGUUCAGAUGGAGACUUUUAUGUUACAUUAUCAGGACCUGCUACAACUACAAUAUGAAGGAGUUGCAGUCAUGAAAUUAUUUGAUAGAGCUAAAGUAAAUGUCAACCUCCUGAUCUUCCUUCUCAACAAAAAGUUCUAUGGGAAGUAAAUGACCGUGUGCUGCCAGCCCAGGAGGGUAAAGGGACGAAGUACCUCUUGGCCUUUCUAGGAUCCUUCUCUGCCCACUGGAAGUGAAGGCCCAGCCCAGGACCAUUCCUCAAUCUGACCCAUUUCCAAUGCCACAUUUUGUAUUCCUCCUGCUCUGUGAAGGCAUUGCUGCCCGUUUCUUCCGUAGUGAAAUUGUUUCUCCGGCUUAGUCUAACCCUUCUGGUCUCUCCGUUUUCCUCUGUCACAAAGAAGAGUGGAAACCCCCACAGAACCGUUCUCUUUAUAACGCUACCAUUUUAGAGGUUGCAUUGCUGUAUUGUGAGCUUUUGAUGUUUGUUUUUCAUCAGUAAUAAGGAUGGGGGG